AGAUUUGAUCCAUAGGUGUUUCUAGCACCAUGCCCUGAACUUUGACUUGGAGAGAGGCAAGGUGAACUAAAUUGGUGAUCCAAACAGUUUUUGUAGUCCCAAGCGCUUUUUCUCCGGAAGAUGGUGGCCUUCAGCGGGCUCUGCCGAAGUCUCUCUUGGCUGGCGAAGAGAACUGCUCAGUACAAGUUUGGGAAACUGAACACCUACAACGAUACCUGUCCACCAACUCAAAUAAAGAGCCAGGCAGUGUCAGAUGGCGAGCUGAACAUGUCUGGUCGUGGCUGUGGGGGCAGUUGUACCAGUCUGCCAGAGGCCCAAGGGGGAGACGCCCAGGCCAGCAGUGUCGUCAGCUGGGCUGUGUCCUUCGAGACGCUAUUGGAAGACCCCAUGGGAGUAUGCUACUUCAAGGCCUUCCUGAGGUCAGAGGUGAGUGCGGAGAAUAUCCUGUUCUAUCAGGCCUGUGAGAAGUACCGGGAGAUUCCACCCACCCGGAUGAAAGAGUUAAGUGAGGAGGCUCAUGCCAUCUUCCAGACAUACCUGUCUGACCACGCUCCCUACGCUGUGAACAUCGACGACACGGCUCGCGUGGAGGAGAAGGACCUGCUGAAGCCUACAGCUGAAAUGUUUGACAAGGCCCAGAAACAGAUUUUAAAGUUGAUGAAGAUGGAUAGCUACAGGCGCUUUGUCCGCUCCCCUCUUUACCAGAAGUGUACCCUGGCCAGUGUGGAGGGCAGGCCACUACCCAACAUCCCCGCUGAACCUACCAGCACAGGAUCAUGGGAGAACAUGGCCACCUUUAGCCGCUCCCUCAAUGACAACAAGAAGCAGAGGGAUAAGCAGCGGGAGAAGAGGGGAUCGUGGGGAGACUUGUCAUACACUAAGGUGAAUGUGUCUCGUAAGGACUAUCGGAUGUCCAACAGCAGUGUAGAGAAUGGUCGCUCUGGUCCCUCAGACCAGGGGCAGGGUGAUGGUUGCGGUAGUGUGGAGGGAGGUUACUGCUGUGUCUACCUGCCUGAUGGCAGUGCAUCCCUGGCCCCCAUACGGCCCGGCCUCACCCUCAGAGAAAUGCUGUCUGGCCUCUGUGAGAAGAGAGGCUUCCCCCUCAAAGACAUCAUUAUCUACCUCCAUGGAAAGGACAGGAAGCCCUUAUCUCUGGAGCAGGACUGCUCAAUACUGAGGCACCAGCAAGUCUCCCUGGAGCUGAGGGUGACUUUUGCGUUGGAGGUGGUGUUCACUGGUAAGACAGUGGGCAUCAUGGUGAAGUCCAGUAAGACUCUACAGGAUGCCCUGUCUGUGGUACUACAGAAACACCAACUCGCAUCACACCAGGCCCGGGUCACCAUGAGUGGGAGUGAUGUGCCACUGAGCAUGAGCACUAGUGUGUUCAAACUGGCUAAUAAGAAGCUGCAGCUGGACAAAGUUGGCAGUCCCAGGAUCAGUGGCCAAACUCCAGUCGCACAGGAGAGCGGUAGAUCUCCAGUAGGCCCAGAGGUCCAUGUGUCUCCUCAGGCAGACGGACCCGGAGCCAAGCCCAGGGUCAGGAAAAACCAUGAGAUGGAGGUGAUGAUAGAGCUGUUGUCCAGGGCCCAGGCCUGUAGGGUGGAUGACCAGAGAGGCCUGCUGACCAAGGAACACCUGGAGCUGCCCCAGUUCCUCCUGAAACCACCUGUCCACGACCAGGAGACUCAACAGGGGGAGGCUGGAGAGGUGACAGGGGGAUGGAGCACCCACAGACACUGAGGAGUCAGAGAACCAUCCCAACUCUACUCCCACCCCUGUUGGAGUCUGUCACUCAUCAGGUUCCAAAUGCACAGGCUCACAGGAAACGUGUGUGUGGGGGGGGGGGGUUUAAAAUUUAAACAAACUGUAUACAUGAAGAACCCAACUAUUAAGAGGGCAAUAGUCUAGCACAUUUGCCUAUGAUUGUCUAAGCUCUGAGGCAUGUCUUAUCAUACUUUUGUACAAAAUGUAAUGAAAUGCAGAGUAUUUUAUAGGUUCCAUUUCCUGACUUCAUUCAUGAGGGUCUUGCAUCUCUAAGUUGAACUUUAUAUUUAACUAAGCACUUUGAGUACAUGUGAUUUGAGAUUUAACUGGUUUUAUUUGAGCACUUUUCUCUUGUGAGUUUAUUUAAUUGACUAUCUGGCAUUUAAUACUUUUGAGCACAUUGUUUGCUGUGUUUGCACUUUGAAUGCCAGGUCCUCUGUGAUGGUCAAUCCUUUGAAUGCCAGGUCCUCUGUGAUGGUCAAUCCUUUGAAUGCCAGGUCCUCUGUGAUGGUCAAUCCUUUGAAUGCCAGGUCCUCUGUGAUGGUCAAUCCUUUGAAUGCCAGGUCCUCUGUGAUGGUCAAUCCUUUGAAUGCCAGGUCCUCUGUGAUGAGAAAUCCUUUGAAUGCCAGGUCCUCUGUGAUGGUCAAUCCUUUGAAUGCCAGGUCCUCUGUGAUGGGCAAUCCUUUGAAUGCCAGGUCCUCUGUGAUGAGAAAUCCUUUGAAUGCCAGCUCCUCUGUGAUGGUCAAACCUUCUGUCUGUUAUCAGAGUGCCAUUCAGGGUCUAACUUCAGUAUUAACUUACCUUUCAAUUCAUUGCACAUGAUUAAAUCAGGUAUCAUUGAUCUAUGUACCUCUAGCUGACUGGUUACACUCAUGUCCGUCAGUGUAAUGUCUCAAGGACAGACUACGCGCAUCCAAUGUAAUUACACACUAUUUUAGUUCUCUGAUCUGAGUGACGUCAUCUGAAUUCAACAUGCCACUUGGACUGCACUGUGAUUGGUUCGUCACCUGUUUAGGAGCCAAUCGCAGCUUGGCUUCAUCUCCAUAAACUUGUUGCUUGACGGUGCCCCUCUGAAGCCACUUCCCUUUUAUGGGGUGUGUGUCUCUGGAUGGGAAUAGUGUGAAAUAGUUUUGAAAGCAUUAGUUAUUACACUUCAUUUUUGUUCAGUCAAAGAAAGACCAUCCUUCAGAGAAAUGUAAAAGUUAAUGGAGUAGUGACUUCACCUUUUUAUAUUAAACACACCGGACUGAUCAGAGGAUGCACAUCUAGUGGUUUGCAAUCUGUAAUUUUCCUCCGGCGAUUUCUGGACGUGUUCAGUCAUCGGUGCUCUGUGUACUCUCAUCCUGUCUGUUUUAUCUCUCUCUCGGAUGAUGCUUAGCUGUAAUUGAUGCUGUCAGCUAUCUAGACCAAAUUGCCUUAUCUCAUGUAGACCCACAUGUAGUGCCAUAAGACCAGGCAGGGGACAAGGUAAGCGUGGUGGGUGUGAGCGCUUUGUCAUUUGAAAAUGGUACUCACUGUAGUUAAAAUGUGUUCCAUAUUUGCGGUAAUGUACAUUAUCCCGGUCUAUGUAUGUGUAGAAUAUAAAUCGGGUUGUGGCAUAUUUGUCCUACCUCUUAACUCGAUCCUUUUAAUUUAACGGGUGCUGAGAUACUCCGGCAGGCAUUAGGCUAUGCAUUGGAAUGCAUGGCUUGUGUAAAACUAGACCCAUCCAUUAGACAGUAAUGUCUUGUAGAAACAGUUGGUGAGUUAAUGGCUAUAGGCUCAACACAGCGGCAGGCUGUGUGCUUGGCCAGUGGGGGGUGGAGACUGUUCUAUGGUAACACUGACAUGGUGGCAACUGUAAGGAACUGAUAUCAGGAUCGGGUGAGCAGUUUAUGGCUGAGCUGUGACUAAAUGCCAGGGAGAGUGAGGCAGCAUUGAUAACUCUUUCAGGAUCCGUAGAAAGGGUGGAUAUAACUGUGUAGUAAAGCUGAUGGCCAGUGAUCAUGUACUGUGUAGGACACGUCCUUGGAAUCAGUGGGGUGGUUAUGUGAUUCUCAUGACUUCGUAUGUGUUCAUAGGCUGUAAUAGUGAAUCUCUGAUAGAAUUGUCACCAGCACCGAUGCUAGCUAGGGGGUGACACUCGGCCCUCCACGUUUCUGCUUGUCAGUUUCUUUUAUUAGGUAUGAAUUGACUAUGACAUUGGGGAACUGCCUAAUAGGUGUUUGGAACCACCUGAGUGACAGACCGAACUGUGGGGUUUUCUACCCACUCUAAUACUCUGCUGCUGUAGCUAAAUGACACCCAAUGGGUUGUCUCAAGUGAUAAUGUGCCUCUGACAGUUACUACUUUGUGGAGGAGGGGUGUUAAAUGUCCUUUUUUGGGCGGGGGGGGGGGGGUCGAAUGAGUUUGAAAAGACCAUGUGGUUGUGGGAAUAAUACUGAGGUAAAUAUCAGGUCAUAUCUGUGUAAGAGUGGCUGGCAGGCUGUCUUCAGUCAGAACAGCAGGUGGUGAAUGCGUACUGUAGAUUUGACCAUGCAGCAUCUAUAACUGUUAAAUGUGCCUACUCUGGCCUUGGCACACAGACUUGAGCCAACAGAUGCUGUGUGGGUAGGCGCUGCAUGGUCAAUCCAAAAUCUGCAGUUACGGUGAUAUAGCCUCAGGGCAACUUGUGCUUUGCUGAGCAGCACAGAGCUUUUGAGCAGAGCUGUUGUCAAAAAAGUUUGUUUAUACAGGACCCCACCACCCCACCUACCGUUAACCAAUCAUUGUCAAUACGGAGCCCUCAGCAUUGUUACAAUAUUUCGGAGGCACACAACGGUGCUCAAUUUGACCUCUGCAUUCCUCCAGAGGCUCUACAAUUGUCACACCACACUGUCCAUACGAAGGCCCAGACCACAUUUUUGGAUCAAACACAAAUGGUCUUUUUGUCACCACUAUCGGUAGAGUGAAAUAUAAUGGAAACACAUUGAACUUUUGAUUUUUAUUCGGUACAUGAACACCUACGUGGCAGAAGUAAAUGUUGUGUGCACUACAUCACGUACUGACUUAAAAAAAAUAUAUAUAUAUUUGGUAGAAACACCAUCAGUCAGCCUGGGCUCAGACUAAACUUAACGUAGUAAAUGUAAAUCCAAGAUGCUCAAAUUAGUAUAUGAUACAUUUGGUGUGGUUACAAAAAACAGACAGUUACUUGAGGCAAAAACAUAUUUAGGAUGAUCUGGCUUAUAACGCGUGUUUGAAUUUCAUGGAGAUCUUUAGGAUUUUAGUUAAUUAGCAUGUUAGCUAACCCUGACCUUAACCCCCUAACAUCUAGCAUAGCUAAUGUUAUCCCUGGGAAAAUGCAGCAGAAUUUAGAAUAUUUGCAUGAAUCUGUCGCCAAUUGGAUGGAAACCUAGCUACCCUUUUCUGUCUCAUGGUGGGGGGAAGAAACUUGAGUUGUAGCCAGGGUGAAUUAUUUUUUAUUUUUUGCUAAUCUAGCUGAAGUCUGUGGGGACAUUCCUCAUGUUGUGUUUGUGUGCCUAUGAUGCUGUGUGGAUAGUACACACACCUAAGUGUCCAAUUUGGAUCUGUCACCUUGGCUGUUACGGAGUCAGUCAUGUGGACUAAUCGAUAGGCAGUGUUUUCUGAGUCGGUGUUCCACUGGGGCAACUUUAUUCUACAGGUCCUCAUUUUAAAUAGCACUUCUAUAACACAAGGGAUUCUGGGAUGAGGAGGAAAGAGUCCAGUCAGGCCUGAAAUCAACAUCUAGAUCAAUUGCCUCAGACUGACAGACUACCGCAGAACCACCUUUGAGGGAGAGAUGCUCAUGCCAGGAACUCUUUGUUGCGAUACGUUACAGUAUGAUGCAUUAUACAUUUCAAUACUAUGAUGUACUAUACAUUGCCCCUUAAGAGUAAUGAGGCAUCAACUGUAGUGUGGCUCAGCGUAUUGUGGCCCAUGUAUUUGUAAGGGUAUACUAACUGUUCAAGCUGACGCAGGUGUUGGGGUGCAGCUCUUUGGGAAAAAAAAGUGUUAAUCUAUUGCUGGGCUAGGGAUAUGUUUUUAUUUUAUUAGACCAGAUUAACGGUUAGAUGCUGCAUGGAACGGUACAUGUGGUGAUUGUGGCUAAUGUUUGCCGUCAUGGUAAUAAGGAGUCAAUUUAUACCACCUCAUCCAUAGUUAAUGAGAUGGGGCUGAAUCCUACAGGGAGCAGGAAGUUGGAUUCUAAACCCUCAUCCACAGGGUGCCUUCACCUAUACAGGCUCAAUCGCUUGUCACUCUACCACAGCAUGAUUUGAAAAACACCAUUCACAGGACUAGACUCUGGUCUCCUAUAGGGAAGAGGUCAGAGACCUGGCUGUGUGGUGCCAGGAUAACAACCUCUCCCUCAACGUGAUCGUAGCAAAGAUGAUUGUGAACUACAGGAAAAGGAGGACCAAGCACGCCCCCAUUCUUAUCGACAGGGCUGUAGUGGAGCAGGUUGUGGACACCAUGGAACUUGAAUAUCUCAUCACCAAUAAACAAUCAUUGUCCAAACACACCAAGACGGCAUGACAAAGGCUAUUCCCCCUCAGACUGAGAAGAUUUGGCAUGGGUUCUCAGAUCUUCAAAGCUGUACCAUCGAGAGCAUCCUGACCUGUUGCAUCACUGCCUGGCAGCUGCUCGGAGUCCAACCGCAAAGCACUACAGCGGGUAAUGCGUACUACCAGUACAUCACCGGGGUCAUGCUUCCUGGCAUCCAGGACCUAUAUACCUGUCAGAGGAAGGCGCUAAAACUGGUCAAAGACUCCAGCAGUAGUCACUGUUCUCUCUGCUACCACAUGGCAAGCACUACCGUUGCGCCAAGUCUAGGACCAAGACGCUUCUAAACAGCUUAAAGCCACACGUGAACAUCUAAUCAAAUGGCUACCCAGACUAUUUGCAUUGCCCCCCCCCCCCUUCUCUGCUGCUGCUACUGCCUGUUUAUUAUCUAUGCAUAGUCAGGGUAACUCUACCUACAUGUACAUAUUACCUUGACCAACCUGUGCCCCAGCACAUUGACUAUGUACUGGUACCCCCAGUACAUAGACUUGCUACUGUUAUUUUACUGCUGCUCUUUUUCUUCCAGUGAAGUGAGUACCAGCUUUUAUUUGCAUAUCUUAAUUGCCUUGUUGAUUUAGGGUUUGUGAGUAGGCAUUUCACUGUAAGGUCUAUUCGGUGCCUGUGACCAAAUAAAAUCUGAUUUGAAUACUCUCCCUUGGUGAGUGUCGCCACUUGGUUCAUUGACAUAUAUGCACUAACGAGCUUAUCCUCCGAUUGGCCACAGGAGUUAAGUAAUUUGUGUACAGCCAACCCUAGAUUUGAUAUAAUUGUGGACCUAACGGAGGAUUGCGCAGCCAUGGAGCACAAGAUCAAAGAUUGUUCCAGCCGUUUCAUCGUAACUCCUGGCUGGCAUUUGAACAGGCCACAUAAAUCCGGUUUCAUUCAGCACUUGGCUGUGCUGCUGCCUCCAGGCUUUAUUCACUGGUGUGAUUCUGAUUGAGCCACUCUCCCUGUAUGUUAUAUCCCGUCUCUGUCUGUCUCUCUCUGUGUGUCUGUCUUCCCCCUCAAACAGUUGAAGAACAGGUCCAAAUCCAGCCUACUAGGGGGGUGAGCAGCCUUCCCUUGCCUUAUCCCUCUCCUUCUCCGUGACACAUCUCUAACCUAUUAUCUAUUUUGCCUCGCAGGAAUCCCUUCCAGGUGGGCUGGACCUGGACAAAGUCUAGGAGGGCCCAGAAGGUUCUGAGACGCCCUUGUCCUCCACAGCGGAGCUGAAGUGACGACGGCUUGGCCCUGCAGGAAUAUCGGGCCAUGAGCCUUCCAUCUGCUCAUUAUUUAUGCAUACAGUCACUUGCCUUUCCACAUUUACUUUAAAGCAAACACUGAGUUGGUGAGUAAUUAGAGAAACACACAGGGGUACCUAUGAUGGUUCUGUACUUACCAAACUGAAUGUGUAUUCUUCACAAUAAAGCUAUUCUGUCGAGUG